CAGCCAAUAAGCGCGUUUAUUACCUCACGAUAAUUUACAUCACAUUCUAAUAAUUUUGACGAUUAUGCGAGAAAGAGAAAAAUUUCAAUUAUUGAUAUAUUUUAGUAAUUAAAGUAUUCUUGUAUUAGUCGUAUCGCUCAAUUUUCUUCAUUAACGUUAUAUACAUAACCUUUACAAUCUUCAUAACCUCUAUUUCAUUUUAAGUGCAAAAAGUGCAGAAAGUGUAACGUAGUGUAGGUGUAAAGAGGUUAUCAUCAAAGACGAGACGAUACUUAGUUUACUAUUAAAUUAUGUACAUUGUAUCUUACUACAUAAAUCCGAACUGUGAAGUUGCAAAUACGCCGACCAAAAGUUUUUGCGCACCUUGCAACAGUUGAGACUAGCCACUAACUGAAUAAAACUCAGGUGAAGCGUGAAACGGUCGAAGGAUUGUCGGAAUGACUGAGCAAAAUUUUCCACCCCUGCGAAAUGAUCGGAUGCUCAGGGCGGCACGCGGGGAGCCGGUCGACAGGGUGCCAGUUUGGGUUAUGAGGCAAGCGGGGAGGUACCUUCCGGAGUUCCAGGAGGUCAGAGCCCGGCACGAUUUCUUCACCGUUUGCCAAACUCCCGAGUUGGCGGCCCAGGUGACCCUACAGCCGAUCGAACGCUUCGACCUGGACGCCAGUAUAAUAUUCUCAGACAUCCUGGUGAUCCCUCAGGCGAUGGGCCUGAAGGUGGAGAUGGCACCGGGAGUAGGUCCAGUCUUGCCUCAGCCCUUAGCCGAUCCUAGCGAUUUAGCACGGCUCGUACGACCAAGUGUGAACGAAGCUCUGAAGUACGUUGGGGAUGCUAUAACACUGACUCGCCACCAAUUGAAUGGCAGAGUGCCAUUGAUAGGAUUCACCGGAGCUCCUUGGACUCUGAUGGGCUACAUGAUUCAAGGAGGAGGUAGCUCUACAAUGGCAAAGGCGAGAUCGUGGUUAUAUAAGUAUCCAGAAGAGACCCAUAAAUUGUUACAGAUGAUUACAGACGUUAUUGUGGAUUACUUAGUAAUGCAAGUGAAGGCUGGUGCUCAGUUACUUCAAGUAUUUGAAAGCAAUGGGGACUAUUUGGACGACGCAUUGUUUACAAAUUAUUCUUUUAAAUACCUUAAACAAAUUAGCGAACGUGUACGAAAGCAGCUGAAAGAAGCAGAUAUUCCAGAAGUGCCUAUGAUUGCUUUUCCGAAAGGCGCAACUAUGAAUUCCUUAAAAAUUCUUGCGAUGGAUCAAAGUUAUGAAGUUAUAGGUCUCGAUUGGACUGUAGAUCCCAUAGAAGCCAGAAAACAGCUUGGUCCUAAUGUUACACUACAAGGUAAUAUGGAUCCUUGUGCAAUGUAUUCUUCACAGGAUGAAAUCGUUGAUCGUGCACGAAAGAUGGUGUCAAAUUUUGGUAAAACUCGAUAUAUUGCUAACUUGGGACAUGGCAUUUUACCGGACACUCCGAUUCCAUCCAUGGAGACUUUUAUUAAAGGAGUUCAUUCUGCAUAAGUAUAGUAUACAUACGUUCAAAUACAAUCAAAAACACAUUUACUGCAGUUGUUAUAAACAGUUACAAUUAUUGUUAUAAAAUAUAUUGCGUCGUUUCGUCUUUUUAUAA